AUGACGAGGGUGUUCCAGCGGGUGAACGGCAUCCUGCUGAGCAACUUCUCCAAGAAGAACAAUGAGGUGGGAACGCAGAUCACCGUGCAGCAGUACACGGACGGUGUCGCGAGCACGAGCCACGCGGUCACGCCCGUGUACUCCAGGACAUCGGCCUGCGGCACCAGCGCGACGGAAAAUAGCAACAUGAUGGACGCGAUAGCUACCAUGAGAGUCAUCAGCAGUAAGCACAGCAUCUUGGACCACAGUCGCGGAUACAUGCACGGCAUCGUGAGCCACAGUGGCGGAUGCAUGGCGAAGUAG